UCAUGUCUUUUCAUGACGAAACCGAGCUGUCAUACAUAUUUCUCUGAUAUUGACUUGAUAUUCUAGAUUUUCAGAUUUCCCAGCAGUUACAGUACUUCUCAUUUUACAUGUUUUGUUUAAUUAUCCAUGUUUUUCAGUGUUGAACCGAGGGUAUUUUGAUUUAUUAUAAAUAAAAUCGCAAUAAUAGUUCUCUAAGGAGGUCGCCAUAUUGAAUUUCGACUUUACCGGUUCAUUUUUUAUGUGAUAAAAUAUGGAAGAAACGCGAGCUGUGAUUAAAGAUCAAAUAACACAACAGGGGGAAGUUGUACGGAAGUUGAAAGCAGAAAAAGCUGACAAAGAUCGUAUUUGCUGAUUGGAUUUUCUCUUCAUUUCCAUAUCAACUGCUGUACCUUCACCUUUGAUGCUAUUUCUUUCGUUUGACAAAAUGAUGUUCCCUUUGUGCCAAUUCCAUCGACGCCUCCUUACCUCACAUUGUCUGAAACUGUUGCCAUGGGUACGCUGCUCAUCUGAUUCACAGAUCUCAGAGGAGGUUGCCAAGCUUCUUGAGUUGAAGGCAAAGCUCGGAGAUGAAGCACCAAAGAAGUUUGUCCUCAAAUGCCCUAAGGGCACACGCGACUACAAUCCUGUUCAAAUGGCAAUCCGGGAAGGAGUGUUCAAUACGAUUGUCGGCUGUUUUAAGCGCCAUGGAGCCGAAACAAUAGACACACCAGUGUUUGAACUCAAGGAGACACUAACAGGAAAGUAUGGCGAGGACUCCAAACUCAUCUACGACCUCAAGGACCAGGGGGGUGAACUCUUGUCUCUCAGAUACGAUCUCACUGUGCCAUUUGCUCGAUAUCUAGCCAUGAACAAAAUCAACACAAUCAAGCGCUACCACAUAGCGAAGGUGUAUAGACGAGACAACCCUUCCAUGACACGGGGACGCUUUAGGGAAUUCUACCAGUGUGAUUUCGACAUAGCUGGACAGUUUGAUGUGAUGAUGCCUGAUGCAGAGUGUGUGAAGAUUGUGGCCGAGAUACUUGCACAGCUAGAUAUAGGGGACUUCAAAAUUAGGAUAAACCACAGGAAGUUGUUGGACGGGAUGUUUGCGGCCUGUGGUGUACCUGAUGACAAGUUCAGGACUAUCUGCUCAGCUGUGGAUAAACUAGACAAGACAUUCUGGGAGGAUGUUAGAGCUGAGAUGGUGGAUGAGAAGGGACUCGCUCCGGAGGCUGCGGACAAGAUCGGCCACUUUGUCAAGUUCAGUGGAGGCCAGGAUGUCCUGGAUGAGCUGUUGAAAGAUGAAAGUCUCACGUCACAGAAGGCUGCUGUCGAGGGUCUUCAAGAACUCAAGGUCCUACUGCAGUACUGCGAACUCUUCAAAAUAUCUGACAAGGUCCUGUUUGAUUUAAGCUUGGCGCGUGGCUUAGAUUACUACACUGGAGUCAUAUAUGAAGCUUGUUUACAAGGAUAUGCCUACACUCCAGCUGCCAGUGGUAAGGAAGAGGAAAGUGUCAGUGUUGGAAGCGUUGCAGGGGGUGGUCGCUAUGACAACCUGGUUGGAAUGUUCGACCCAAAGGGCAAGAAAGUGCCUUGUGUCGGUGUGAGCAUUGGCGUGGAGAGGAUCUUUGCUAUCAUGGAACAAAGGGCACUGGCCAACAAUGUGAAGAUCCGUACAACAGAGACGGAGGUGUAUGUGGUGUCUGCCCAGAAACACCUAGUGGAACACAGGCUACGUCUCUGUCAGGAACUAUGGGACGCCAACAUUAAGACGGAGCAGUCAUACAAGAAGAACCCGAGAGCCCUUGACCAGUUCCAGUACUGCGAGACAAACGGCAUCCCGAUAGCCAUCAUCAUUGGACAGUCAGAGAUCGAGAAUAACGAAGUCACCAUGAAAAACACGCAAACCAGAGUAGAGCGUAAAGUGUCAAGGGACAGUCUUGUAUCGGAGAUCAGAAAAGAACUUGCAUCUCUUGGACAAUGAUGACAUUAGUGGGCAAUCUCCUGGACUGUUUGGAAGAAUAAUGCUUGCAAUUAUCUACAUGUAUAAUGGCAGUUGACUCUGAAAUAAUGUUGUCUUGUUAUAAUUGUGAUCAUUAAAAGUGCUGUUAUCUAUGAUAAUUGAAAUGAUUUGAUUGAAUUUUAAUCAUGUUUGUAUUAAAUUAAUGCACAGAAUACAUAUUGACACACUGAAAGUUGUUAUGCUU